AGGAAGACUGCAGCUGGACACGUAUUCAGUAAGAUUGCGGGCUCACAAGUUCGAGAUGUAGAGCUACCAAGUCCUUGAAAUGCCCAGAGAACAAGGGUAUGGUAUUACCGUUCGCUGAAACUGGGAGCCGGUGUUGGCAAUUAGUGCUGCGCACUCUGCUGCCGCUCACCACCUAUAUUUUACGGUCUGUGCGGUUGGUACUUCGACUUGUAAGCCUCCUUAGCAGUGCUGGUCUUCGUCACAGCGCAUUUCGCUAACUUGGCCGCUAUCGGCUCGAAACGCUACUGUGU